AUGUGUCUAAGAUGCCUGUAUCUUGAUUUACAGGCUUUGGACAAGAUCCGGUUUGAGAGCUUGACUGACAAGAGCAAGCUUGAUGCUCAGCCAGAGCUCUUUAUCCACAUCAUCCCUGACAAGACCAACAACACCCUGACCAUCGUAGACAGCGGUAUCGGUAUGACCAAGGCUGAUUUGGUGAACAACCUUGGUACAAUUGCUAGGUCCGGAACCAAGGAAUUCAUGGAGGCCCUAGCUGCAGGUGCUGAUGUGAGCAUGAUAGGCCAGUUUGGUGUUGGUUUUUACUCUGCCUAUCUUGUGGCUGAGAGAGUGGUUGUCACCACCAAGCACAAUGAUGACGAGCAGUAUGUCUGGGAGUCCCAAGCUGGUGGCUCGUUCACUGUUACUCGGGAUACAUCUGGUGAGCCCCUCGGCCGUGGCACCAAGAUCACCCUCUUCCUCAAGGAGGACCAGCUUGAGUACCUCGAGGAGCGCCGGCUCAAGGAUCUGAUCAAGAAGCACUCUGAGUUCAUCAGCUACCCGAUCUCCCUUUGGGUUGAGAAGAGUACUGAGAAGGAGAUCUCGGACGAUGAGGAUGAUGAGGACAAGAAGGAUGAGGAGGGAAAGGUCGAGGAGGUUGAUGAGGAGAAGGAGAAGGCUGAGAAGAAGAAGAAGAAGAUCAAGGAAGUUUCUCAUGAAUGGGACUUGGUGAACAAGCAGAAACCCAUCUGGAUGAGGAAGCCUGAAGAGAUCACCAAGGAGGAGUAUGCUGCCUUCUACAAGAGCCUCACCAACGACUGGGAGGAACACCUAGCUGUGAAGCACUUCUCUGUUGAGGGGCAGCUUGAGUUCAAGGCUGUCCUCUUUGUUCCCAAGCGGGCACCGUUCGACCUAUUUGACACGCGCAAGAAGCCCAACAACAUCAAGCUCUAUGUCCGUCGGGUUUUCAUCAUGGACAACUGUGAGGAGUUGAUGCCUGAGUACCUGAGCUUUGUCAAGGGCAUUGUCGACUCGGAGGACUUGCCACUCAACAUCUCCCGUGAGAUGCUCCAGCAGAACAAGAUCCUGAAGGUGAUCCGCAAGAAUCUGGUGAAGAAGUGCAUUGAGCUGAUUUUUGAGAUUGCUGAGAACAAGGAGGAUUACAACAAGUUUUACGAGGCCUUCUCCAAGAACCUGAAGCUCGGCAUCCAUGAGGACUCUCAGAACAAGUCGAAGCUGGCUGAAUUGCUGAGGUACCACUCGACCAAGAGUGGGGAUGAGAUGACAAGCCUCAAGGACUACGUGACGAGGAUGAAGGAUGGUCAGAAUGAUAUUUACUACAUCACGGGCGAGAGCAAGAAGGCGGUCGAGAACUCCCCCUUCCUCGAGAAGCUCAAGAAGAAGGGCUAUGAGGUCCUGUACAUGGUGGAUGCCAUUGACGAGUACGCUGUUGGCCAGCUCAAGGAGUUUGAGGGCAAGAAGCUUGUGUCUGCCACCAAGGAGGGCCUCAAGCUCGAUGAGAGCGAGGAUGAGAAGAAAAAGAAGGAAGAAUUGAAGGAUAAAUUCGAGGGUCUCUGCAAGGUGAUCAAGGACGUGCUUGGGGACAAGGUUGAGAAGGUCAUUGUGUCAGACCGUGUUGUGGACUCGCCUUGCUGUCUGGUGACUGGGGAGUACGGGUGGACGGCCAACAUGGAGAGAAUCAUGAAAGCCCAGGCCCUGAGGGACUCGAGCAUGGCAGGGUACAUGUCGAGCAAGAAGACGAUGGAGAUCAAUCCGGAAAACCCGAUCAUGGAGGAGCUGAGGAAGAGGGCAGAUGCAGACAAGAAUGACAAAUCGGUCAAGGAUUUGGUGCUGCUGUUGUUUGAGACGGCCCUGCUCACGUCUGGGUUCAGCUUGGACGACCCAAACACGUUUGGGAACAGAAUCCACAGGAUGCUGAAGCUGGGGCUAAGCAUUGAUGAGGAUGCCGAAGAUGCUGAUGUGGACAUGCCUGCGCUGGAGGAGGCAGAUGCCGAUGCUGAGGGCAGCAAGAUGGAGGAGGUUGACUAA